GAAUUUGUGAAGGAGUCUCAUGCAUAUAGGUAGGUCAGGUCACCUAGUCGUCGUCUUCUCCAUUUUCGUUCGCUCGCAAGUCAUGUUGUCGCUUGUUUUCCACUCAUUGGGAAUGUGCGUGCGAUAAAAAAAACCCUUUACAGGAACAUCGAGAUCUGUUCUAUUCACUUCUCUAUCUAUAUACCUAUUUAUAUAUAUAUAUAUAUAUAUAUAUAGAUCUGAGGGUCGUGACUUGUGAGCGAAAUGGAGAAGACGAUGAUUGGGUGGGUCGUCGUCGCAUUGAUCGUAAUGUGCAGUGCAACGAUGGUGAGAUCAGAUGGGUCUGAUCAUCGGUACAAACCUAGAGACCAGGUCCCUCUCUAUGCCAACAAGGUCGGUCCCUUCCAAAAUCCUAGCGAAACAUACCGCUAUUUCGAUCUCCCUUUCUGUUUGCCAGCUCAUCUGAAAGAGAAAACAGAAGCUCUUGGUGAAGUACUGAAUGGAGAUCGUUUGGUCACUGCUCCAUAUAAACUGGAUUUUUUAGUGGAGAAAGACUCAGAAAUUGUUUGCAAAAAGAAGCUGACAAAGAAAGAAGUUGCUCAGUUCCGAAGAGCUGUUACCAAAGACUACUACUUCCAAAUGUACUAUGAUGACUUGCCCUUGUGGGGUUUCUUGGGGAAGGUUGACAAGGAUGGAAAAGCUGACCCCAGCGAGUACAGAUAUUAUCUAUUUAAGCAUCUUCAUUUUGAGAUCCUUCACAAUAAGAAUCGUGUCAUUGAGGUUAAUGUACGAACUGACCCUAAUGCCCUUGUGGACCUUACUGAGGAUAAGGAAGUUGAUGUUGAAUUCAUGUACACUGUCAAGUGGAAGGAAACAGAUAGUCCUUUUGAGAAGAGGAUGGAGAAGUACUCACAAUCUUCUUCACUACCACACCACCUAGAAAUCCAUUGGUUCUCAAUAAUCAACUCUUGUGUGACAGUUCUACUUUUAACUGGAUUUCUUGCCACGAUUCUCAUGCGAGUCCUGAAGAAUGAUUUUGUCAAGUAUGCCCAUGAUGAGGAGAUGGCCGAAGACCAAGAAGAAACUGGGUGGAAGUACAUUCAUGGUGAUGUUUUUAGAUACCCAAAUCACAAAUCUUUGUUUGCUGCUGCUCUUGGUUCUGGCACCCAGCUAUUUACCCUUACAAUAUUUAUUUUCAUACUUGCACUGGUUGGCGUGUUUUAUCCAUACAAUCGGGGAGCUUUGUUCACUGCUCUGGUUGUCAUAUAUGCACUUACAUCUGGAAUAGCAGGAUAUAUUGCAGCUUCUUUCUACUGCCAGCUAGAGGGAACAAAUUGGGUGAGAAAUUUGAUGUUGACUGGAAGCCUGUUUUGCGGACCUCUGUUUCUCACAUUCUGCUUUCUCAAUACUGUUGCAAUUGCUUACAGUGCCACUGCAGCACUUCCUUUUGGUACAAUUGUUGUAAUUUUCCUCAUAUGGACUUUAGUAACAUCACCUUUGCUAGUAUUGGGAGGUAUUGCUGGGAAGAAUAGCAAGGCAGAAUUUCAAGCUCCUUGUCGCACUACAAAAUAUCCUAGAGAGAUCCCGCCAUUACCUUGGUACCGUGGAGCUCUUCCUCAGAUGGCGAUGGCAGGGUUUCUGCCUUUCAGCGCAAUUUAUAUUGAACUUUACUACAUAUUUGCCAGUGUUUGGGGUCAUAGGAUCUACACCAUUUACAGCAUCUUAUUUAUAGUCUUCAUCAUUCUGCUGAUUGUUACUGCUUUUAUUACUGUGGCAUUGACAUAUUUUCAACUUGCUGCUGAAGAUCAUGAAUGGUGGUGGAGGUCUUUCUUUUGCGGUGGAUCAACUGGUUUGUUUAUCUAUGGCUACUGCCUGUAUUACUACUAUGCACGAUCGGAUAUGUCAGGUUUCAUGCAGACGUCCUUCUUCUUCGGGUACAUGGCUUGCAUCUGCUACGGGUUCUUCCUCAUGCUUGGAACCGUCGGCUUUCAUGCUGCUCUCUUCUUUGUCCGUCAUAUAUACCGCUCGAUCAAGUGUGAGUAGUAAGUCAAUUAGUUGGUCUUCUGUGUUCAUGUGGUAUGCUUCAAAGGUUUGGGAUGCCAUCUCUGAUCAAGGAGGGCCAUGUAGGACAGUAGGACUUCUCAGGAGGAAGCUUCUAUUGUUUCAUAACGGCAUAAUGUGGAAAAUAUUCUUCUUCUUUUUACUUUGCGGCUCAACAAAAUAUAUUCAUAUUUUAGUUUUAGAAUCUUUUUUUUUUUUUUCUUCAUUUUGUGAAAUUCUGUUUUUGUUUCAAUGUUCUAAAAGCAAAAAUAAAUAUGGGCAGAGGACAUUUCGUAUAUUCUUUAUUAUAAGAUUUGAAUAACCAGUUCAGAGA